GCCCUAUGUUUAGUGACUGAAAAAUAAAUAAAAAACGAUACAAAAAGACAAGAUGAAAAUGUAAAUUAGAUUCAGAUGUAUUAGGCUAUAAAUACUUGUUGGUGGCAAUGUACCACGUUUGAAAUUAAGUAAAACGGACUAUCCUGCGUCUGUAUUGUAUACAUGUAAGCCUACCUGUAUUGCUAUUAUUAUAGCCUAUUAUAUUAGUAGGCCUAUUAGGCCUAUAGGCUAUAAGGCCUAGAUAGUGUGACAACACGGUAGAAAACCCCAUUUAGCGCCGCUCAAACUGGCAGAGGUCUUUUUAAAAGUCGAUAAAUUGACAUGAAAGUAAAUAAGUUUACGAACCGCCUUUCUAUCGUCUUCUAGGCCUAUUGAUCAAGACACGGCCCACUGAGAAAGCCUCGAUCUUGGCCUAUCUUGUCUAUCUAUUCGUGCGUCUGUCUGUCAAAAGUUUAUAAUAUGCUAUUCUUUAUAAUUUAUCUAUUUGCAAUCUAAAUUUUGAAAGGGACAUGUAGAAAUAGUUAUGGAAACUAGCCUAACUGAUAGCAUUAUAAAUAAAAAUAAUAUUGCAACGAUUGAAAGAAAUGGACAAUAUAAUAUGUGGUCCGAAUUGAACAAAAUAGCUAUGCACAACAUUUUUUUGCACAAAUCGUCAUGAUCCGGAAAGUAUCAUGGCCGACUUCUAACUUUUGGUAUCUAAGGGAAAAGGGAAUUCUCCGAUACUUGUUGUUUCUUUGUUAUGUUUAUCACCUUUCUGCUUUUGCUUUUAGUGCAUAGGAAUGUAUGAAAUGGAGAGAGUUCCCGAAGGGUCAACUUUUCCAAGAGAACUGGAGGAAAUUGCCACCACAAAGCCAAUCUACAAAGGAAAGUCACCAUAUAAAAAGAAAAAAGUUCAGGACAAGAUUCAGACGGAUAACGUUGCUCACUAUGACCUGUCACCGCUUUUUCGCCCCUUUGGUGUGCAUCAUCCCUCAUUGCGGCAUGUUUGGUUUGUGAAGGACAUCUGUGGAGUGGUGUGUGCGAUCUUCACAUGGUUGCUGAUCCUCUAUGCGGAGUAUGUGGUCAUGUUCGUCAUGUUGGUCCAUGAGUCGUCCAAUAUCUACAGCCUCCUGCAUGGCGUAGUUUUCAACAUUUUGUCCUUCUUGGCUGUUGCCUCACACCUGAGAGCUAUGUUUACAGAUCCUGGGGCAGUGCCAAAGGGAAAUGCAACCUCUGAAGGGAUCAAGAGCUUGGGAUUGAAGAAAGGAGAAGUUGUAUUCAAAUGCCCAAAAUGUAUCAGCAUAAAACCAGACAGGGCCCACCAUUGCAGUGUCUGUCAACGCUGCAUCCGCAAAAUGGAUCACCAUUGCCCUUGGGUGAAUAACUGUGUUGGAGAAAGCAAUCAGAAGUAUUUUGUUCUUUUCACUAUGUACAUAUGUCUCAUCUCCAUUCACUCAUUGUAUAUGGCAGUGGCACAUUUCAUCCACUGCGUAGCCAAAGAUUGGAAAGGUGAGUCUUCAGGAUGCUCUGGGAUGUCCCCUCCAGCGACCACCAUCUUUCUCAUCUUCCUCAUCUUUGAGGGCAUGCUGUUUGGCAUUUUCACUGGUAUCAUGUUUGGUACACAGAUGGCGGCUGUCUGCUCGGAUGAGACGGGGAUCGAGCAGUUGAAGAAGGAGCAGCGAGAGCGACAAUCUCGUUGGCUCAGCAUGAAGGCAGUCUUUGGGCAUCCAUUCUCCAUUCACUGGUUCUCACCGUUCUCUACUCCCAAAUUUCUUCGUGCUGAGAAAUACUAUUCUGUAUAGCCUAAACUUCUCGAAACUUGAGUCAUUGUUUUAAAAAAAAUUGUUUUGUUUUGUGUGUGUGUAUGGACUGACCCAUGGCACAAUGUGGAAAAGUACUUUUCUAGCAGGGAGAUGACUUUGUACAUACAGGACCGGCAGGUAAAAGCAGAGACACCAUUCUGCACCACUGUCUUUGAUACUGCUGUAAUGUAUUUUCCCUAACUAUGGCUAGCUUUGUGCUCCGGGCGGUAAAGUCAAGAGUUCUUAGAGAGAACCGUAAAAGCUCUCUUUCCAGUGAUUGAUGAUGCCGGAGUGUUAUUGCCCCUUUGGGGUAGUGUCCAAGAUCUUUGUAAUCCAGUGCACUGUGGAUGAAAUUAGCUGUACUGUAAAGAGAAACCCAUGAUAUUUUGUAAGAAUUUUAUAAAUGCCUUGUCUUCUAAUGUCUAGAAAGGUCAGGUGUCUUAAUCACACAUAAAAGUAUAUGGCUAGAUCUAGAGAAUUGUGAUUUUCAGCAAGUUGUGUCACUGACUCAUUGAAUUAUAAACUUAUGAAUUCUCCCCCCCCCCAGUCUUUGGAUUGUUUGAUGGUUUAUUUUGAUCUUCAACCAUUUAAUGCUCUAGCAUUCAAAUGGCUUUCUGCAAGUAGUAGUGUUCAUCAUAUUUGUCUUUAUCUCCUCCUUCGGGUCUACAUGAGCUGAAGACUGGCAUUUUUGGGGUAUUUCAAUAUUUCAAACAACACCCUUCCCAAAGACAUACAACCACCAUUUUUACACACACAACCGAUCAAAACAUGCCCAAUAUUACGCAAAAAACAGAAAGGCUAUAUCUUUUAUAAUUUUUAGAAAUGAUUUUUUGAAAAUGUGCUAAAAUUUGUUGCUCGCCAAAUGUUUUAAACGUAAUGAACCCCCCAAAAA